AUGCCCACACCUUUCUUCACCAUGAAGAAGAAGAGUGAUAGAAACACGGCUCUGACAUGGCAGCUGUUUGUAGCUAGUGUCUUCAUGGUGGCUGCUCUGUACGCGAUUGUUGACAAAGAUGGGUGCAAGACGCCAGGACGUGCAGAGGUCUCUGGCAGUCACACUGUAAAUAACAGGAAGAUACGAAGUGCCACCUACAAGAAGUAUGACAUUUCCCCCGACAAAGCAGUACGCCUGGAACGUAUGUUGGAUCAGAUGAUGAAAUCUCACAGUCGACCUGAUGAUGAUCAUUACGGUUAUAACCUAACUCGGAGUGACGAGAUACCAGUCUCGCGAGAUAUCAAAGACGCAAGACCCAAAGUGUGUCUCGACAGGACGUUUAACUAUUCUUCCUUUCCAACUGUAUCCGUCAUCUCCCCCUUUUACAACGAGGCUCUCACCCCUCUCGUGCGUCACGUGCAUGCCCUGCUGACCCGGACCCCUCCGCACGUGCUGUUAGAGGUAAUCCUGGUGGACGACAUGAGUACAUUCAGCUACCUGGGCCAGGAUUUGCAGAACUACUUCGGUGUCCUUGAUCCUAGAAUUAAGCUGCUGCGUAACCAGCAGCGUGAAGGUUUGAUACGGAGCCGGUUAUUUGGGGCUGACGUUGCCCAGGGGGAGGUGCUGGUGUUCCUGGACGCCCACAUGGAGGUGAACCACGGCUGGGUGGAGCCGCUACUGCAGCGUCUUGCUGAGGAGGAGCAGCUGGUUCUACAGUCGGAAAUACCUCCAAUACUGGUGGACACAUUCGACGUUGACACUGGGCAGACUGUUGACCAUAGAGGUGGAUUUGGCUGGGAUAUGAGUUACUUAUGGUUCCCUCUGCCGCAAUACCUGAGUCAGUUCAGGAGAAGCGACUGCGACCCAAUCCCAUUUCCAGUCCUCCAAGGCGGUUCUAUUGCCCUGAGAAAGUCCUACUUCGAGGACCUGGGACGCUUUGAUUCCGGCCUCGCUAUCUGGGGAGGAGAACAUUUUGAGAUGUCCUUCAACGUGUGGAUGACUGGGGGACGAGUAGAGCUAAUACCGUGCUCCAAAGUGGGGCAUAUAUUCAAAGACACAAAGUUCAGUUUCGGUUCUUCAGAAAAGAAUUACGUGGUAGCCAAAAACAACCUACGUGUCGCUGAAGUUUGGAUGGACGAAUACAAGCAGUUUACGAGGGCGGCCAUGCGAGCCUGGCAGGAUCCCGUGCCUGAGUUCUCCGAUGUUGAAUGGAAGUCCAUUGAGGAGAGACGGAGGUUGAGGUGGCAAAGGAAGAGCAAGAGUUUCUCCUGGUUCCUGAAGACCGUCCUCCCAGAGCAACCUAUUCCAUCAGUAGACGAUGUCAAGUAUGGCGAGGUGGCCAGCUCCUUGACUAAACACUGUCUGUAUUUCGCCGAUACCGGACUCCUGAGCCUCACGACAACGUGUAUGUCGUUUGUUGUCGUUGUUAAAGAGAACACUUUUUCUCUUGAUAGGUGGG